GCUCACGUGACCGUGCAUAGUAAGGGAAGCCGAGCGGAGAGGUUACGGUUAUCGCGAGCAGGGCGCCGCGCAGUGAGGGAGGAGACACAGCGAGCCGAGGGCGGGAAAACCAGACUGAAAUGGGACGCAGAAAGUCAAAGAGGAAGCCCCCACCCAAGAAGAAGAUGACUGGAAAUCUGGACACCCAGUUCACCUGCCCUUUCUGUAACCACGAGAAGUCCUGUGAUGUCAAAAUGAACAGAGAGCGGAACACUGGUGUUAUCGCCUGUACGGUCUGCCUUGAAGAGUUUCAGACCCCAAUAACAUAUCUGUCAGAAGCGGUUGAUGUUUACAGUGAUUGGAUUGAUGCAUGUGAAGCAGCUAACCAGUAGCAACAGUCUUAUUUUUGCUGCGUAAUCCCACAAUCUCGUGGCUUCUGUUGCCAUUCCUUCACGUCCUUCGCUGUCGAGUCUCCCUAAUCACACCUUGAAGGGAUUGGUGCAUAUCGAAGGAUGCUCUGAAAUGAAUACAACUUGCAACAGAGGCUCUGUUUCAUCAUCAACUAUCGUUAUGGGACCACAGCUGCUAAAAUGUCCAGUACAUCGGGGCAGAAGUAUUUGUCUAGUAGUGGUUUUAUUUUUAUUUUCUCCCAUUUUUUAACUUUUUUUUUUUUUUUGUACAAAACCACAAGUCAAGGAUUUGGUGUGUUUUGUUUUGUUUUUUUAAAUCUAUCAUUUUUCCAAACGUUUGCCAGCAAUCAGGGAAACACAAUUUCAAAUAUUUAUCCACUUUUCUUCCGAUUUUAUGAAACCCAUUUCGCCCUGUGUUCAAGCACAUAGUAGAAAAUUGAAUAAGUAAAGCCAUUAAUUAGGAGAAUAUUUAUCAAGAACCUGGUUAAAAAUGUAGAUUUGUUGUUGCUCUUUAUCAUUACAACUGUUUUUAUUCUGCUUUAUGUCAUGUAGACCCCUUAACAGUCUAAAGCCUAUAGCGCUCCAGUGGUCCUUGCUCUAUGAUCACAAUAAUUCUAAGGAACCUGUAGUUUAGCAGAGAAUUAAUUUAAGGGGGAUGUUACUCAGAGGUGGCACGUGAGUGCAAAUCAGAUGCUUAACUUCUCGUCUGUAAAAUUAUGUUAAUGAUAGAAAUCUGCUCCCUCUAGCUUUCAUUCUUGGAGAUGUGAGCCAGUUUGAGAGCACUGGAUGCCCAAGUUUGUAUCUCCAGAAAUAUCAUUUGAUCUUGUGUACACAGUGACUGCAUAGAAUUAAGCAGUUUGCAUAUUUUUGUAAAUACGUAUUCUAACAUGACCUCUUUUGAAAACCAA